AUAUUAUACAAUAAUAAUAUAAUAACAUAAAGAAAUGGUUUAGUGGGAACUGAAGAAGAAUCUCUUUAUGUGUGUGCCCCAUAGUAAUUGGUAAAAUUUCUGUAAAUGCUGUUUUGGGCCAACACCAUUAAAGAUAUUGCUAAUCAAAAUGCUUCCACUGUCUAUAUAUAUGAAUAUAAUAAUGUAUAUACUUUAAUUAUGUAUUUUAGCUUUUAAUUUUUUUUAUUAAUUUACACUAAAGUUUCUCUUUUUAUUGUUCUCUGUUCACUUUUAAUCCAAGGUGAGAUAUGUGGGAGAAAAGUUUGACUUCCUUGGCUUAAUGAAAUAUGCUCUCAUUUGGGGUUCUAUUUAAUCCUUUGUUUCUUUCUUAUUAAGCAAAAUAGUAAAGAGUAAAGACUCCAUUUUUCAAUUUCCAACCAUUCUGGUCUGUGAUGGCUAAGCAGUUUGCAAAUGGGUUUUGUCUGGUUCUGGUGUUUCAGAAAUGGGUUUGUUAGUACCUGAAUAAGGAGUUGUGUAAUUUUUCACAAGUUUCAUUAUGAGGAUAUUUUCAGUUUGGUAUUUGGUACUAGCUGUUAUUAUCUCAAAUGGGUUUGUCUCAAAUGGGGUUACUACUAAUGUUUCAAAAAAUUCAAACAUUACCAUACCAAGUGUGAUACAUAUUGGGGCAAUUUUAUCAUAUGAGUCUCUUGUUAGUAAAGUUGCUAAAGUGGCAAUAGAUGCUGCAAUUGAAGAUGUCAACUCAGAUCCAACUAUUCUAAAUGGAGCUACAAUUCAAGUUGUGAAGCAAGAUACUAAUUUUAGUGGAUUUUUAGGCAUAGUUGAAGCCUUAAAAUUUAUGGAGCAAGACACAGUUGCUAUAAUUGGUCCUCAAGGAGCUGAAAUAGCUCAUGUGAUAUCCCAUAUUGCAAAUGAGCUUCAAACUCCUUUGUUGUCAUUUUCGGUUGCAGACCCUACACUUUCGCCACUUCAGUUCCCUUUUUUCGUUAGAGCUACACAGAAUGAUCUGUUUCAGAUGGCUGCUAUAGCUGAUAUGGUUGAGUUUUAUGAAUGGAGGGAAGUGAUUGCUAUCUAUGUUGAUGAUGAACAUGGGAGAAAUGGGAUUACUGCAUUAGGUGAUCAACUCGCAGAGAAGCGUUGUAAGAUCUCUUACAAAGCUCCUCUUAAGAAUUUUCCAACCAAGGAUGACAUAACAGAUUUGUUGGUUAAAGUGGCUUUAACCGAGUCUCGUAUAAUUGUGCUUCAUGUUUAUUCUAGCUAUGGUUUGAAGGUUUUCGAAACAGCUAAGGCUCUAGGUAUGAUGGGAACCGGUUAUGUUUGGAUUGCUACUACUUGGCUUGCCAAUAUAUUGGAAUCCAAUCCAACUUUGGGUUUAACCGAAAGGCAAAGGAAUAGCAUGGACGGUGCUCUUGCAUUGCGUAUACAUACACCAGAUUCGAAGCAAAAAAAGAACUUUUAUUCUAGGUGGAGUGAGUUGACAAGUAAAAUUCCACCCGAGAAUCGCGUUGAGUUGAACACUUAUGGUUUGUAUGCUUAUGACUCUGUUUGGUUGCUCGCUCGGGGACUUGAUAGUUUUUUCAAACAAGGAGGGAAGAUUUCAUUUUCAAAUGAUUCAAGGUUGCAGAAGCUCGAAAGUGGGGAGUUGAAUCUUGAUUCGAUGAGUAUCUUCGAUGAAGGAGACAAGUUACUUGAGAAUAUAUUGAAAGUAAACAUGACAGGCUUGACUGGCCCUUAUGCAUUUGAUUCAAAGAGGAAUCUCAUCAACCCUGCAUAUGAUAUUCUCAAUGUGGUUGGCACCGGGACAAGGAAGAUCGGUUAUUGGACUAAUUACUCUGGAUUAUCAGUUGUUUCACCGGAAAUUACAUACUUGAAGCCACCGAAUCGUUCAAUUGCAAAUCAAAAUCUCCAUGAUGCAAUUUGGCCCGGACAAACUUCACAACGGCCUAGAGGUUGGGUUUUUCCAAACAACGGACGCCAUUUGAGAAUUGGUGUCCCGAAUAGAGUGAGCUAUCGCGAAUUUGAGUCUCCAAUAAAAGGCACAGAUAUGUUCACUGGAUACUGCAUUGAUGUCUUUACUGCUGCACUCAAUUUGCUCCCAUAUGCUGUCCCCUAUAAAUUGCAGCCUUUCGGGGAUGGUGUUACGAAUCCAAAUCCAACUGAACUUGUGCGAAUGAUCACAGCAGGGGUGUAUGAUGCAGCCAUAGGUGACAUUGCAAUAAUCACUAAUAGAACAAGAAUGGCUGACUUCACACAACCCUAUAUUGAGUCAGGAUUAGUAGUGGUAGCACCCGUGAGGAAGAUGAAUUCUAACGCGUGGGCGUUUUUAAAGCCGUUUACUAAAGAAAUGUGGUUCAUUACUGCUUUGUUCUUUCUCAUUAUUGGUGCAGUUGUUUGGAUUUUGGAACACAGACUCAACGAUGAUUUUCGAGGCCCUCCUAGGAAACAACUUGUGACUAUUCUUUGGUUCAGCUUUUCAACAUUGUUCUUUUCACAUAGGGAAAAUACAGUGAGCACGCUCGGGCGCCUUGUGCUAAUUAUAUGGUUGUUUGUUGUUUUGAUCAUAAACUCGAGCUACACAGCGAGUUUGACCUCAAUACUCACAGUGCAACAACUUGCUUCUCCCAUUAAAGGCAUUGAAUCCUUAAUUUCAGGCGAUGAUCCGAUCGGGUACCAACAAGGUUCAUUCGCUAAGAAUUAUUUGAUUGAGGAGUACAACAUUAAACCAUCAAGACUUAUUUCUCUGAACUCCCAAGAUGAUUAUGCUAAAGCGUUGCACGACGGUCCUGGUAAAAAAGGUGGCGUUGCAGCUGUUGUCGAUGAGCGUGCAUACGUCGAGGUCUUCCUCUCAACACAUUGCGAUUAUAGCAUUGUUGGUCAAGAAUUCACCAAGGCUGGCUGGGGAUUUGCUUUUCCUCGAGACUCACCCUUGGCGAUAGACAUGUCAACGGCCAUAUUAAAACUUUCUGAGAACGGGGAUCUUCAGAGAAUCCACGACAAGUGGCUCACGAGAAGCGCUUGCAUUUCACAAGGCACGAAGUUCGAAGUAGACCGACUUCAACUCAAAAGCUUUUGGGGUCUCUUCAUGAUAUGCGGUUUAGCUUGUUUUUUAGCUCUCUUAAUAUACUUCAUCCAAAUGGUACGCCAAUUCAGCAAGCGCAACACCGAGGAGCUACAAACAUCCGGUAGAAGCUUUCAAUCGCGAACCGUGCAAACGUUUCUUUCUUUUGUUGACGAAAAAGAAGAUGAAUCGAAAAACCAAGGAAGAUCUAAAAGAAGAAACUCCGAAAUUGCCUCCUCAAAUAGGGUGAUCAACAGCAACCGCGGUGGUGGUGGUGGUGGUCAAGACGAUGCUGCAGCAACAAACGGUCCGAAACAAACAUUUGUUGAAUCAUCAAGUAAGAGUGCUGAUAAUUUUGAUAAUGUCUGACAUAUACACAAUCUUGUUUUGACAAACAACAUAAGAUUACAUAGUUUAUUUCUUUUGGGAUGAAUUGUAAUUAUUGGUUACUUUCUUGAAAAGGGCACAUACUAUUACAUUGAAUGUAAUAGAAAAUGUAUUGUUAAGGGCUCCUAAUUUUACGUCGCCUUAGCUUAGAGACGGCCCUGUAUAUUAGUGCGACUAACCAAGGAGCCAUAUAAUCUUAUCAAACAUAGUGAAGAACAGAGAUUAUUCA